ACUCUAAACAGAGUUUUGACCGUUGCUCUCUCUCUCUCUCUCUCUCUCUCUCUCUCUCUCUCUCUUUCACACACACACACAGUGUUCUUGAAGAUCAUCUCUCUCUAUCUGAAGUGUGUGUUCUUGAAGAAAGAUUGUGUUUUUGUGUCUGUUCUUGAAGUUAAUCACCUGCCCACCAUUGAUAAAUUAACAAAAACAGGACCCAAAAACCCCUUAUGAAUCUUGUAAAACCCUCUGAUCCAAAUCACAAAAACUCCUGAAAACCACGAAAUGGGAUGUUCUUCAUCAAAACUGGAUGAUGAAGAAGCUGUACAACUCUGCAAAGAUCGAAAAAACUUCAUCAAGAAAGCCGUUGAACAUCGAACCAAAUUCGCUUCUGGUCACAAAGCGUAUCUUCAAUCGCUCAAACGAGUUUCCGCAGCCCUUAAAGACUACGUAGAAGGCGACGAACCCCGCGAAUUCUCGUUAAACUCAUUCACCACACCACCAUUGCCACCAUCCAAAAAAACCACCCCAAGAUUCAUCACCAUUUCCCCAAACUCAUUCACCAUUGAACAACCCAAAGUCCAUUAUUUAAGAUCCGGCGGAAAUGCAUCGGUUUUCGUCGAAGAAAUGCCGCCGGAAUCCCCUGAAAUAGCCAGAGUGGAGUCAUACAACCAGUCAUAUAACCAUUCUCCUGUUUACCAGUAUGCAGCUGAUAGUUUCUUUGGUAUGCAGUCUCCAAUGCAUCCGCAUUCGCAUUCGCAAUCGCAAGCGUCGAUAUUUGGUUACAACCGGCCGAAUUUACCGCCCCCUUCGCCUCAAAGAUCGUCACAAUGGGACUUCUUUUUUAACCCGUUUUCGUCGUUGGAUUAUUACGGGUAUAAUAACAGAAACAGUGUGUUUGACGAUGACGUUAACGGGUUACAACAAGUUAGAGAAGAGGAAGGGAUUCCGGAGCUUGAAGAGGAAACUGAGCAGGAAGAAAUCGAGCAUUUUAGCCAUAGGAGGAACAGGGGAUCUAAUGGAUUUAACGGUCAUGUGAAUUGUGAUCAUGAAGAUGAAGUUUCGGUAGUUGAUGAUCAUGAUGAUGAUGAGGAUGAUGAUGAUGAUGAUGCGUUUGAGACGGAUAGCGGGGAGGAAACCGUAAGUGAACACGAGUUAGAACCGCGACCAACGGUGAGUAAAACGCAGAAUCUCGAGGUUUCGAAGGGGGAGAGUUCGGGGAAGGUUGUGAAUACCGGGAAUGGAGAUGGUGUUAUGAAUCAAGAAAAGGGUAAAACCGAAGGGACACCGGGGUUCACGGUUUAUGUGAACCGAAGGCCGACGAGCAUGUCGGAGGUUAUUAAAGAUCUCGAAGCUCAGUUCCAGAUCAUUUCCGAUUCGGCUAACGAGCUUUCGGUUAUGCUGGAUGCUAACCGGGCUCAGUACUCGUCAACGUCACACGAACUCUCAGCUAUGAAGAUGUUGAACCCGGUAGCGUUGUUGAGGUCCGCAUCGUCUUCUCGGUCAAACUCGUCGAGAUUCUUGAUGAAUUCCUCGAAAGAAGAAGGUUAUGCUAGCAGCAGCGAUCAGUCAGACGACUCGUGCAUGUUUCACAACAGUCAUCAAACGACUCUCGACAAACUAUACGCGUGGGAGAAGAAACUAUACGAGGAAGUGAAGGCUGGUGAAAGGAUUCGUAUCGCGUACGAUAAGAAAUGCGCUCAACUUAGGAACCAUGAUGCUAAAGGGGAUGACCAUUCUUCGGUUCAUAAAACAAGAACAGCCAUUAGAGAUUUACAUACACAGAUCAAAGUUUCGAUUCACUCGGUUGAAGCUGUAUCAAAAAGGAUUGAAACUUUAAGGGAUCAAGAACUUCAGCCGCAGCUUCUUGAACUGAUCCAAGGAUUAUCAAGAAUGUGGAAGGUAAUGGCGGAGUGUCAUCAAACACAAAAACGAACACUCGACGAAGCAAAGAUUUUACUAGCCGGAACACCAUCUAGACCGAAAAAAUACACACCGCUGCACCCUAACGAGCCACACCGGCUAGCCCAGUCAGCUUCCAAUCUCGAAUUCGAGCUACAAAACUGGAAAGCCUGUUUCGAGACAUGGAUCACCUCUCAAAAAUCCUACAUUCACGCCAUCACAGGCUGGCUACUACGUUGCAUCGGAUCAAACUCGAAUAACACAACAAAAUUCCCAUUUUCUCCCCGACGGUCAACUGGGGCCCCACCGAUGUUCGGGGUGUGCAUCCAGUGGAGCCGACUGUUUGACUCGAUCAGUGAGGUCCCUGUGCUGGAAGGGAUGGACUUUUUUGCAGCAGGGGUUGGUUCUUUGUAUGUGCAGCAGCUGAAAGAAGGUGGCGGUGGUUCGGGGGUUGGAUCGUCGAGAAGGUUUGGCGGCAGCGGGAUGGAGAUGGUGGAGAGUGGGCGGCAGCAGGACGAAGAAACCGUUGAGAAAAUGGAGGAGGUUGCCAUUAGAGUGUUGUGUGCUGGAAUGUCUGUUGCUGUGAGUUCCUUAACAGAGUUUGCUGUAUGUUCAGCUCAAGGGUAUGCUGAUUUGAUCAAGCAAUGGGAGAGUGCCACGUGUCCAGGGAGUAGUGGUGGGCCCAAGAUGUGAUUUGGGAUUUUAUUUUAUUUUUUUUAUUUUGGGCUUUUUUUCCACUUGGAUAGUUAGUUUGGUACUUUGGUAGAUGUAAUUAUUUAAGAAUUAUUUUUUGGUGAUAUAUAAGCUCCAAUAUAUAUUUGGAGGGAUAGAGACA